CGUCAAGGUUCAGCAAUACUAAGGCCUUCAUGCAAGAGUUCCGUGUAGCAGAGUACUGGACUGGAUACAUGGUAGCAGAAGGCAAUACCUCACAUGACUGACCGCCCGCCGCAAUAUGAUGACUUUCCUUCUUCGCUCGGAACCAAUGCUGCGCCGAUCCUACGAAGGUGGAGACGAUACUCUAUGGUAUCCAAGGCUGUAUGGACCGCAGCAGGUCGAGAGCGAAGCACCAGACCGUCGCGAGGGCGCCAUGGAAACGGAUGACUUUGAAUGGAAAUACGCACCAGGCCAUGAUGUCAAUGUUGAGUUGUAUGAGCCUGAUGCUGCGUGAUCGAUGCUUGUUCACUACGAAAGCUGGUCGCAUGGACAUGGCUUUCGCUCCGAUGAGAAAGGGUGGCAUCGUGAUCGGGUUCGAACAUACGAAGCAGCUGCACGUCAUCUGCCCCAGGGACCGAGGGCUGUUGGCGAUAUGUGGGUGUUGCUAUGGUGCUGAACCUACGGUCACCAGGGGUCCACGAUCGAAAGCAGAAGAUAGCAAGGUUACGACCGGUUUGGGUCCGCUAUGCAGUCUUUUCGAAUCAUCUUAUCUAGAUCUACCUCUAGUACCGUCCGCUGUCCCUUUUCUAUGUUUGGGAUCUUGAGCGACAACUCGCAACUUGGUGCCUCAGGCCAAAAGUCGGAGCGUGUCCUACGUCGCGACAGCAGCACUGCACUGCCACGCGGUUGC